AAGGGUGAUUUUGUCUAACGUCCCCCCGUUCAUCAGAGAUGAAGUGCUGGAGAGAGAACUCUCCAGGCAUGGGAAAAUAGUGUCCCCUAUUAAAAAAGCCCUGUCUGGGUGUAAGUCUCCUUUGCUCCAGCAUGUGGUGUCUCACAGGAGACAGUUAUUCAUGAUCCUGAAUAACAGCAAGGAAGAGUUGAACUUGUCUUGAGAGGGAACAUCAGGGCAGAAGGAAGCUGGAAAAAAGGGAGGAAUAAGUGACAAGGAGCAAAGAGGCAGAGCUGAAAUGAAGAACAGGGAGGAGGAAACAGGUGGAGACAACAGUGGUGAUGGUGAACAGAUGGAGGGAGGAAAUCAAACUGUUAGCUGCAGAGAAAAGGACACAUCAAACUGUCAAAGCAUCAGUGAUGAGGGAAACAAGGCAGGUGAGUCUCAACAGAGCUGUGAGACUGUGGGUGCUGAUAUUGAAAAUAAUGAGGAGGAGGAAAAUGGGGAGGAUGAAGAUGAGGAGGAGGAGGAGGAGGAGGAUGAGACGCAAAAUAGUAAGACAGCUGGGCCAGAGGAGAUUUUGGCAGGAAGUGCAGAUAUAGACAUGGUUGGUGAGGAGAGCAGCCUGACAAUCACUCGGCAGAAAAGAAAAUCUGAAAUCGACAGUAAAGGCUCAAAAGCAAAGAAGGUUACAGUCAGCAAAGACAAACAGAAGCAGAGUGUGAAGGAGUCGAUGGCGGAGUAUGACUCCAGUGUGGAAGGCCGUUUUGAUGCAGACAGUGAGAGUGAUGUCUCACUGAACAAAAUAACACCAGGAGAGCUGAAUGAACAGAUUUAUGGGGUUGAGAAAAUCAAACUGUUUCUACAGAAAACAAAGAACGUAAAAGGGGUAAAAGUUGAAAGUUUCUUUCCAGACAAAGAGGCUUUUCUUAACUCAGUCAAGUCACAGCUGAGGGCCAAAGGAAGAGAGGGUUUAACUGAGCAGGAGGUUUACAGGUUGAGGAAAAUAGUGGUGAAGAUCAGACAUGAACUUAAUGAAGAAGAUGGAGAGGAAUCAAACUAAAGGUUUUCUUUUUCUCAGUCUGUGUGUGCUGUCUGGUUGU